AUGGGUUCCUUGACCGUCCAAAACAAGCAAACCCGGCUGAUGGCCCAAGCCCGGGCCAGUGCUACUUUCAAUCCUUACAAGUUAACGUGCAUCAUUUAUAAGGAUGAGCAGACUGUCCUAAAGCGAAGAGAGGCGUUCCGCCGAGUCGAAAAAGCCACUGGGACUGCGGAUCAAUCUAAACUGCCCCGGGAAUAUGCUGAUGUUAGCCGUGAAGGGGUUUAUCGAGAAGGAGUACGGUUGGGAACGGCCUCUUUCGUCGAUGGUUUACUGCACGAUCAUGACUUCUUCUCGGGAAUGGAUCAACGAUAUACCCUGAGCAACUGCACUCCAUAUGGCCUUCAUUACAUGAUGUUCAUACCCACAAUUGAGGAACAGGCUACCUCAGAGCAAGCGGCAUAUUGGCUUCCGCUUGCAAGAUCGGGCACAAUCAAUGGGGCUUACUGCCAAACAGAGCUAGCGCACGGAACCUUUGUUCGAGGCAUAGAGACCACAGCGACUUUGGACACGAAAACGGACGAAUUUGUCGUGAACACGCCAACGUUUACGGCGGCCAAAUUCUGGCCCGGUGCUAUGGCGUCCUCCUGCACCCAUGUCAUCCUAAUGGCAAGGCUAAUAAUUGCCAGAAAGGAUUACGGAGUGCACCCCUUUAUAAUUCAGUUACGAGACUUGGAUGACUUUUCUCCAAUGCCGGGCGUCGAACUUGGUGAUAUAGGAAUGAAAAUGGGUUAUAAUGGAACCACCAACGGAUAUGCCAUUUUCCACAAUGUCCGUAUCCCCCGAGACUGGCUGUUGAUGAGGCAUGCCAGUGUGGACAGGGACGGCACUUACAACAAGCCCAAGCACGAUAAGUUUGCAUAUCUUACUAUGCUAUAUGCGCGUGCUACCAUAGCACAAGGGUCCGGAUUCAAGCUCGCACAAGCAGCCACCAUUGCGACCAGGUUUUCGGUAGUACGUGAGCAAGGGCUCGGCCCAAACGGUGAAGAGAAUGCAGAUGGCUCGGAAACGACGAUUAUUUCCUACAGAUCACAGAACUUUCGCUUGUUUACGAUAAUUUCGAGAGCAUAUGCAAUUCUAUUUACAGCUCCUACUCUUGAAGGAUUGUAUGCGAGCCUUAGGAAUGUGGGAGAAACCCAGGACUUUGGUUCCUUGGGCUAUUAUCAUAUGCUUCUUGCAGGGUUAAAGGCGUGGAAUACUCAAGUCGCCGCUGACGGGACCGAGGAUGCGAGAAAAUGCUGCGGUGGGCAUGGCUACAUUCUGACGAGCGGGUUGCCGUCGAUUGUCGCUGAAGCCGCGGCUCCGGCCACGUUUGAGGGUGAGAAUUAUGUCAUGUAUCAACAGGUCGGCCGUUACUUGUUGAAAUGCCUCAAGGUUCUAAAAGUGGGCAGACGAAUCGACCCGCGCAUGGGCGAUCUUGAAAAAGCAUUUAACAUGUAUGCAGGGGGCGAUGAAAUUCAUUACUGCCAAGCGAAAAAUGAACAAUUCUUGGACCCGGAAGUUCAACUCUCCAUCUUCGAGCAUCGUGCAAUCCGGCUCCUAAUCAAAUGCGAUGAGGCAAUUGAAAAGUCACAGAGGAACGGAGGUCUCUCUCCUGCUAAAGCAUGGAAUCAGCAUAUGAUGGGCAUCAUCGCCGCGGCACGAGCAUACAUGGAGCUUGUGGUCCUCCAAGAGUUCAUCCACGGAGUCUCUCGAAUAAACGACCCUGCGAUUAACGCUGCACUCUCUCGACUUCGCUCCGUAUUCGCUCUAACCAUGAUAGUCCAUCCCCAGUCCUACGAUGCCAUAUCUUUCGUUGACGGCAACUACAUCCGUCGAGACCAACUUGCACAGAUAUCUUCCUGCGUUAAUUACUUGCUAGAUGAGCUCUUGCCAGAUGCGAUUGCAUUGACAGACGCGUGGGAUUUUACAGAUGCCAGUCUCUGCUCGGCGAUUGGACAGUAUGACGGCAAUGCCUAUGAAACUCUGAUGUCGUGGACGCGCCAACUGCCGAUGAAUAAGGACCUGAAUGAAAAGGGAAGUGCAUGCAUGGAAGCUUGGGAGAGAUGGACCAAGUUGGCUCUGAAGCCUGAACUAAGAGCAAUGCUUUGA